CCACGAUGCUUUGCGCAAAGCCGCAGAUAACAAAGAUGGCGGUAUUUCCGUCAUGGUUGCUGUGUUUGUGAACUUUUGUACUUUGUUCCUUGAUGUAAACACAUAAUUUUCUCACAUUUCUUCAGAGGUGAAGCAGAUAUUCAGUGUGUGAGAGCAGCGCUGCGUAUUGUGGCCGGUUGUUACGGUGCGUCGCGGUGCUUGGUAACGGGUUAACUGUUAACUGUCACAUAGUAACGGACAGAGGCAGACAGAGAGGACUGACUGACAGCAGCCCACAGAUCGAUCAUUAUAUCAUCGACCUGCUCAGAUAUGAAGGAAGCUCUUACUCUGGUGCAGAGACUGAACGCUCACCCGGACUCUCGCUGCUGGUUCGUUAGCUGGAGCCCGACUGGGACUCUGCUAGCGUCUUGUGGAGGAGACAAGGCCAUCCGGAUCUGGGGACGAGAGGGUGACUCUUGGAUAUGUAAGAGUGUGCUUGAGGAUGGACACCAGCGCACAGUGAGGAAGGUGGCGUGGUCUCCCUGCGGGAAUUAUUUGGCCUCGGCCAGCUUUGAUGCAACUACAUGCAUCUGGAAAAAGAAGAAUGAUGGUUUUGAGAGCUUGACUGUGUUGGAAGGACAUGAAAACGAGGUCAAAUGUGUGGCGUGGGCUCCUUCAGGGAAUCUGCUGGCGACAUGCAGCCGAGACAAGAGUGUCUGGGUUUGGGAAGUGGAUGAAGAGGACGAUUAUGAGUGUGUUACCGUGGUGAACUCUCACACACAAGAUGUCAAGCACGUUGUGUGGCACCCGGCACAAGAGCUUCUGGCCUCCGCGAGUUACGACAACAACAUCUGUAUUUACAAGGAAGAGGAUGAUGACUGGGAGUGCCGCGCCACCUUGCAGGGCCACACAUCCACAGUGUGGAGUUUGUCCUUCGAUGGGAGCGGACAAAGACUGGCCUCCUGCAGCGACGACCGCACAGUCAAGAUUUGGAAGGAGUAUCCGAGUGAAAGUGGACAGGACCUGUCUUGGAAGUGUGUCUGCACUCUGUCUGGGUAUCAUGGACGAACAGUGUACGAUAUUGCCUGGUGUCCGCUGACUGGCGCUCUGGCAACUGCCUGCGGUGACGAUGCAGUGCGAGUGUUUAAGGAGGAUGAGACGGCAGAUCCAGACCAGCCGGUGUUCUCGCUGGCUGCUCAGGCGGCCAAAGCUCACAACCAGGAUGUCAACUGUGUCGCCUGGAACCCAAAGGAGCCGGGAAUCCUGGCUUCCUGCAGCGACAACGGAGAGAUCGCCAUCUGGAGGUUCCAAGAAGAAGACUGAAUGUGUGGUCAACGCAACCGGUUUCUCACUGAACAAAACCGCUUUCCUUUUUGCAAAUUACACUGGGAACUGUAUGCUAAUUAAUAUUUCCAUUAACCAUCUACAGGAUUCUGCUUGUUAUGGUGCCAUCACGUGUUUCUAAACUGACUACUGCUUCAGCACAUCUUGUUCGUCUACAUUUGUCUCAAUUAAGAAUUUGACGUUUCAUAAUGUUUAUAUAGAUAAAUAUUAAAAAAGAUUAUUAAAAACAAUUGUGGCUUCUCUUUAUUGCAAAAAAUAUUCCAGACAGCACAUCGUACUAAAAACAUUUAGAUCAGUCCAAGAAUUCGAUUUCAUAACAAAACAAUUUGUGUCCAAAAAUACAUGUGGACAGUUUUCUUCAGUACUUAAAGACCCAAUCUGGAAUAUGACUGUAUCACUCCUAAACUUAAUUUAGGGAGCAAAACAACCCGAAACAUGUUUUAUGGUUCAUCAAAUUUCAGUGAGACCUGAAACUGACAGAAGCUCACAAGUACAAAAUUUCAUAUGCGAUACACUCACAAACCAGAUUGAGGCUUCACUGACAUUUCCUGAUUCCUGAUGAAGAGUUCAUGUAUCUGAGAUACAUGUCUGGUUACAUUAACUGGAGACAGAUCCUGUACACUUUCAUUCUGGACUGGUGUACAUCAUUCAGGUGAUCUCAACUUU